AUGUUGCGCAGACAGCCAUUUCUCCAGCAACGGCCGGCGCUUCUUGCGGCGCUGCUAGCAGCCGCAACGGCGUGGAGCGGGGCCAUUGCGCCCGCACUGGAAGCGCUGCUCCAGUUAGUGACCAUCGUGUUCGCCAAGGCCGCCAUCGUCCUGCUCACCGCCCUUUACCUCCUUGUAUCUCUCGGCCACAAAUGCUGGUGGGGACGACGCUUGAUUUUGUCCCCGUCGCCCGAGUGGACGACGACCACCAGCGCAGACCCGCUAAGACCACGAGUGCGACUAGCGGAUGUCUCGCCCGAGCUUGCCGCACAACUCGCAGCCCAAAUCUCCGCACGCCACGCCCAGGCACCCAACUCACGACAAAGCCUCGCUGAGACGCACGGACAUAAUGUAGCAACCCUCCUUCGCCACGCACUCAACCCAGGCGUUCAAGGGCAAGAGAUACCAAACAGAGUGACGCACGACAGAAUGACACCAGACAGAAUGACACCAGACAGAAUGACGCCAGACAGAGUCCAAGCCUGGCUGGAGUCACCGGAGACCUUUUCGGAACAUCUGGCCAGACUCCUCUCCGUACGGAACAAGGUCGAGACUCUCGUUGAUCGCGCGCACUACGCAGACCCCGCCGUCAUACAGAACCAGCUCCGCAGCAUCAUGCGUGCACUCACACCCACCACACGCAUUCUCCACACAUUCUACCAAGUCGCCUCUUCGGACACCGAGCCCCAUCGCGUCGUCCAGAUCAUGAAACGACUCAGAAGAAAACAUCUAACCAUCUAG